UCUCUCUCUCUCUCUCUCUCUCUCUCUCUCUCACAACCACACAGAAAGAACAAAACAAUGGUUGCAGGUGAAAGAUGAAGAGGAGCAAAACAGGGUUAUGCAUCUUCCAUGGCCUGUCAUUGUGCUUAUUAUGUAUUUCCACCAUCACCACUGAGGAAGAACUUGUACAAGACCACUACUCUUCUCUCAUCAAAAAGACCCAAGUCUCUUUUGCUUUCUGCCAUCAGCAACAAUAGAGACUCUUACAAUACUUUGGUUUCUGAGGCUGUUAGUCUUUUGGGUCCAGCAACAUUCGACGCUUCAAAGCUCAAAGUUGAAUUUAUAGGAGAAGAGUUCAAUAAUUAUGUAGGAAUCAUCCCAAGAACUUACAUCCUAUCACAUUGUGACUUCACAGCUAAACUGACCUUAACGAUCUCCAAUGUCAUCAACCUCGAUCAGUUGAAAGGAUGGUACAGCAAGGAUGACGUCGUUGCAGAAUGGAAACGGGUGAAUGGUGAAAUGUGCCUACAUAUUCAUUGCUAUGUGAGCGGUCCCAAUCUCAUGCUGGACCUGGCCGCAGAGUUCAGAUAUCACAUAUUUUCCAAAGAAAUGCCUUUGGUACUCAAAGCUGUGUUACAUGGAGACUCUCUACUUUUCAGAGAGCAUCCUGAGCUAUUGGAUGCCAUGGUUCGGGUUUAUUUUCAUUCCAAUUUGAAGAAGUACAAUAGAAUUGAAUGCUGGGGGCCUCUCAAGGAUGCUGUAGAGGGAAGACAAGGGGAUCAUACCAAAGGAAUAACUGCACAUAUGGAUUCUUCCCAUCCUCGGGACAAGCAGGAAACGCCAAAAUCCAUAUUUCAAGUUCUAUUUGCAUUCCUUCUUUGAUUCUUUGAAGUCUAUUGCGUAUUAUGAUCUCGAAAUUUUUUAAUACCUUCGAGGCUCGUCAACUUCAACAGCCAACGCCUGAGGCAAUGAAGAAUCAGCUUUCAUGUGUAAAGUUCAAAUAAUUCUUUGGGAAGACGCAAAAAGGGAAAAAAAAAAAAAAAAAAAUCAGGUUGAUCUAAAACAAGGACUGCUUGGGGCGCAUAAAAUUGAUUCACAAUUUUUCUGUGACUAAGACCAAUUUGUUCAUGCGUUAAUCAAUGGCUAAUGUCUUUGUUACUUGACA